GGAGGAUGCGUCGUCACAACCGCCACUCGUUCAUAUUUAGUCCGCCUUGUGCCCACUGCUCGGAGGACCACCGCAGGAAGGCUCCCAGGCUCUGACGGCUUCAUGAGCGGACUAUUCCCGUCUUACAAAGUGUCUAUUAUCCAACAGCAAUGGCGACGGAUCAUAUGGAAAUGAACGGUGAUGCUGAUCCCAACGGCGAAGUUGAGGUUCCUUUCCGGGGCCGUGGUGAUAGGACGAAGGGGCCCCUAAACAUGAACCACUAUGCCAAUAAGAAGAGCGCGGCGGAGAGCAUGCUGGACGUGGCUCUGCUGAUGGCUAAUGCUUCACAACUCAAAGCUGUGUUGCAGCAGGGCCCAGAUUUCACCUUCUACACAGUUCUUAUAGCUCUCAUCAGCAUCUCCCUCAUCCUGCAGAUAUUGGUGGGAAUACUGCUUAUCUUCAUAGUGAAGUGGAACCUAAAUGAUGAGAGAAUGCACUAUAGACUCAACAUCCUUGAAAACGUCGCUACUGCCUUGGUUUUUGUCAUUGUUGUUGUCAAUGUCUUCAUCACUGCCUUUGGUGUACAGCAGCCUGAAAAAAGUGGAUAA